UACUGUUGGCCUGAAUCUGCAAGCAAAAGAAUUGUGGCCACAUAGACUUUCUGAUUGGCUGGAAAAAAUUGGAUACAGCCUCUGUUGGGGUGUAUAAAUAGAAAGCAAAAUAUUUUAGACCUUUCACUUUGAAAUCAGAGCUCUCAAGACACAUGAAAAUGCAUAGAGUCACAGCAGUCAUCCUCCUGAUUGCCAUCUCCAGUGCUACUGCAGCACAAUGGGCAAAAAUCUGCUCAGGCCAACCUGCAAACAAAAUCAGAGGCUGCGACUCCCAGGGCUGCGGUAGAUACAACGACCCCAGAGGAGGGAGGAAGCACAAGGGGGUGGACGUGGUGUGCGAGGACGGCGCUGUGGUGUUCGCACCCUUCACGGGGACCAUUGACAGGCAGGUCAGGCCCUACGGAAAUGGCAACGCCAUUGACAACGGAGUCCAGCUGUCGGGAUCAGGAUUCUGCAUUAAGAUGUUUUACAUCAAACCAGUCAAGUACAGUGGCCCCAUCAAGAAGGGAGAGAAAAUCGGCGUCCUGCUGCCCAUGCAAAGGGUCUACCGAGGAAUUACGUCCCAUGUCCACAUCCAGAACUGUGACUUAACAGAUCCUACUCCCAACCUGUAAACAGGUGGCUGCACAUCAAGGGCAAAGCCUUCAGCCCCCAGCUUGCGUAUUCAUUAAAUUACUUGGGUCUAAGUCAUCACUCUAGUAAAGCAGAAGCCAUUGAGCCUCAGAUAGUUUUUUUUCUACCUAAAAAGUACCCAUGAGCAAAAUUCUGGCAGUUAUCUGACCAUGAACAGAUUCAGAGUAAGGUGUAAGAGGUGUUUUAAAGCUGUUAUCACAUCCUGCAUAUCACUGCACUCAUAGAUGAAGGCUGAAGUGGCGGGGAAGGGAUGAGCGGCGGGGGGGUGGUGGAUCCUCGAUGCACUGAGCUGUGCUGCAGCUCACUCGCCUUGGACUUCUCUGCUCCCUUUGCAGCCAAAAAUGAAGAUUUCUUCAAUAAGUCAGAAACUUUACUUGUGCUUGCAUAUGGAAAAUCAUAUUAUUAAAGAGCUGCUUCACUACAAA